AUGCCGCCACUCGGCAGGCAUGCAAUAUUCGCCCUCCUGGCUGUAGGCGUUGGCCUCCCUGUGAUCAAACGCAUCCUGUCCUCUCCGUUCACCUUGGCUCUCUUGCUGCCCUUGUUCCUCCUUCUGGUCGUGGUUGGAUUCUUCGUCCUUAACGUCGCGCUCGGAUAUCUGCUGGAUUCUGUACGGCCUGCUCCUACGAAUGCGCUCACCACCGCCGCGCGGCCACUGGCUUUCUCUACCCCCGCAGCUUGGCAAGCUGUCUUGACCCGGUCUCAAUGGUCCCACAAGGCGCCGCAAUCCCUUCCACCUCUAUGCGCCGACGCGCCUGUCGUAUCCGCUGCAAUCAAUGAUAUUCUCAUCUUGAUAGUACGUGACUUUGUGCUUGUAUGGUACAAGGACAUCUCGUCUUCGCCAUCCUUCCCCACCGCGGUGUCGUCCACCCUGCAUGCGUCCAUGGAACGCCUCCUGGAGAAGGCUACAACCCUCGACCUUUCCGCCUUGGUCGUGAAGCGUAUUCUCCCCAAGGUCACGGCGCAUAUCGAACAGUACCGCCAGUCCGAGGUUGCUCUCCGCGGCGCUGGCCUGGAGCGCAAGCUGACCCAAUCUGAAGAGCUUGACCUUCUGCUUGCCAGUCGUUACGCUGCACGCGGCGGCGGAAAGUUGCACUCUGCAGUGGACAACCUCUCCUCGACAUUCACCAAGCAGUCGGAGGAGAAUCAUCUGCGAGACCUGGUGGACAAGGCUCUUCCUUACAUCUUGCCGGAGAAGGAGGCUGGCAGCCGCGCGGUCAAGAUAGUCGUCAGAGAAAUAGUCGCUUGCUCUGUCAUGUACCCUAUCAUGGAUAUGCUAUCAGACCCUGACUUCUGGAACCGCAUGAUUGACCAAGUCGCAGGUGCAGCUAUCCGUCAACAACGGCUGAUCUCCAAGGUCCGACAUAUCCUAGAGGCCCAAAUUCCACGCCCAAAUGCUGGCUUACCGGACGCGCCGCCCUCGACUACGGAAACAACAAUCACAAUGCGGACCGACAUGAAGCAGUUCGAGUCCUUCCUGCGUAGUAUCAGCCGACUGUCAUCGUUACUGGACGCACGGAGACUCAGGAGCGACAUCAUGGGAGAAAUCAGAAGGACGCGAACUCUGCUCGCCAACAAUGCCAACUCGGAUUGGAUCAAUGGCGAGAAGACGGAAGACAUCGUCGCAUUCCUCGAUCGACUUUACACCGCCAAGAGGAAGGUCGAGAAGCGCAUAACAGUGCUGGGCGGUGAGGCGGACUCACGGCAGACGAUGUUCCAAGACGCCCCGACUACGACGCCUCUGACGCUCCGAGAUGUUCUGACUAACCCAAGCUCACUUUCCUACCUCAUGGAGUUCAUGGACCGCCGACAACGCUCCCUCCUCGUACAGUUCUGGUUGACAGUUGAAAGCUUCAAGAAUCCAUUGGAGUCUGUGGAUUCUGGAAGCUCAGACGAGGAAGACGAGCCUCUGCUGGACUCGGCCCAGUCCGCUACCCUCAAAGACGACAUCUCCCUCAUCAACGAACUGUACUUUUCCAGCCCUGUUCCAGAUCCUGUUCUCAGCGCAGUCUCGCAGAAACAUAUCACCACCAUCCGCUCAUUCGGACAGAGCGCGGAGACGUCUACGCCCGCAUCGGAGAGGCGCGUUCGUCGGAGUGUCAUGCUCGCGCAGAGGCAGAUCGAGCGAGAGAUGGAACACGAUUUCGAGGAGUUCCAGCGCUCGGAGCUCUGGUUCCGUGCGAUAGCUGAUAUUCAGGCAAAUGGGGGAAAGGCAAUUGCGGAGGACCCGUCGUUCAGCGGAGGCCAUAGAUCGCCUACGUCUACGCGGCAUCCGUCUGAGGCCGCGCCUGCUACCAGACCCGGCCGCGGUGGACCCCAUCCCUCGUUCACCACAACGAAGCCGCCAUUACUCCGGUCAGAGUCUUCUCCCACUCCCAGCACUAACCGCCAGUCACCGACCCCGAAUCUACCUUCCGGCGCGAUCCCGCCCGCAUCACGCCCAGCAGUAUCCAACUUGCAAGUUCUCAUGUCCCCAGUUCAUGAAUACCCUUCCGCCUCGGCGGCCCGCGCGCCUCUAUUUGACGAUCCGGAGGACGCGGAGCAGCAGGAGCAAUCGCAACGGAUGGAAGCAAUACAAGCCGCGCUGACCGAUAUCAUCGCCCUCGACGAGCAGCACGAGGAGCCCCGUGCGGGCAGUUCGUCCGACACCCUGUCCAUGCAGGAUUCUGUCGUCCUACCCAGCGGCGUGCGGCUUGCCCGCGAGGACAAGCGGCGCAUGGUCUUCGACGACGACCCAGAGGAAGAGGAUCCACGCCUCGCGGAUGAGGAGGAUGUCGAGAAGGAGCACGACUCGUUCCAGCUCGCCGGCCCAGGUGACCUGCAACUCUCGCACGAGAUCGAGCGGCUGUCGAACAAGAUUGGCAAGCUGCAGACGCAGGACGCCAUGCUCGACACGCUGAUCAAGAAGGCGGAGCUGAGUGGCGACGCGCAGGAACUUCGUCUACUACGCAAGUCGAAGAGCGCGCUCACGCGGGAACUUAGGGAGCUCAUGUUCCAGAAGAGCCAAUACGAGCAACAGGAGAACGCGAACCGGCUGUUGUCAGACCGCACACGCGUCGCGAUCGUGAACUCGACCGUUGGGGAGGAGGACGGGAAGCAGGUCGUGCGUUACCUCAUUGAGGUGCAGCAGCUGGCACAGGACGGGAGCUUUGCGUCGGGCUGGGUUGUCGCCAGGCGAUAUAACGAGUUCUUCAACAUGCACAACAAAUUGCGGGAGAGAUACGUCAUGGUGCGGAAUUUGGACUUCCCCGGCAAGCGGCUGGUGACGUCGCUCUCUGGGAGUUUCGUUGACAGCAGGCGUAUCGGCCUGGAGAAGUAUUUGCAGAGCUUGAUUGCUAUACCCGCUGUCUGCGAAAGCGAUGAACUCCGAGCCUUCCUGUCUCGCGACUCGCCCUUUAUGGCGGCCGAACCUCCCACUGCGUCCAAGGUUCCCGCAGUCUCUGCCUUCCCUGGACAAGGCCUCGUGAAGUCCGUGUAUCAAUCCGUCGCCGAGAGCAUCGACGACAUGUUCUUUGGCCCAUCUAUGCUGGACGUCAUCAUCCAACGUCUCACCACUCAGGCUGCGGAGUUCGUGGGUAUCACCGGAACGGCCAUCCACGACGAAGACCUUGUGGCACAAGCGCUUAGGGCAUCGGGCAAGUCCACAUCGGAGGACGCGCUCAUGCACCUGUCGGGAGACCUCAAGCCGCUCGAUGGAGAGACGAGUUCAUCGACGUUCUCGUCUCCCAUUUGCGACUUCAUACUUGCUGUGUUCGAGCUCGACAAGAAGAAUAAUUGGCUCAGGCGACAGGCGAUCGUCAUCAUCCUGCAGCAAGUGCUCGGUACCACAAUCGAGCGGAAGCUACGGGAGACAGUCAAGUCGUUCUUGGACGAAACCCACCUCAUGGGAUUCAUCAACAUAUUCCGGGAGGGUCUCUGGCCUGGCGGGAAUGUUAAGCCGCCGAGUAUCCCACGUACCGUCGAGGAGAAGUUGCACACAAGAGAUGAGGCGAACCGCAAGCUUUCGGCCUUGAUGCCAGAUUUGGCUGCGAACAUGAUCGGUCGCUCUAACGCGCGUCGUGGGGCUCGCCGGAUAUUCGCCGUCAUGCAGAAUCGACGGUUGAAUCAACACCUUGUGUAUACUGUUGUCGACGAGGUCUUUGCUGCAUUAUUCACGGAGGUCUAGUGUCGGCUGCUGCUUGCGUUGUCGUAUCCAUGACUAUACCCUAAUGAUUACAGAGUAUUUG